AUGUUGGUGGCCAGGGUUGAUGAUGCCUGGGACAAAUUGGCCAGGGAAGAUACAGAAGCAAGCUGUGCGAGCGCGCAUGUACGCAGUAUUUCCGACUGCCUUGCGGUUACGAUAGGCCAUUACAGUCAAUCCGUGUCAUUUGAUGCGUCAUUGCUCGCUUACUCGGCGGCUUUUGCAGACGAGUUGGCGAGGGAUAGUUUAGCGAAGCAUUGGGGCUCAAAAAAGUCGGCCGGCGCCCGCUGCCAAACAGAACCUCAACCCCCUUUUGACAGGGGUCCGUCCCUGCCGCGAAACCCAGGCGCGUUACAAAAAUGCAUCAAGAUCCCCACCGCCACCAUUAUGCCUGACUGCCCUGACGCCGGCUCGAAGCCUUUCCAUGUCCACAAUCCCACUUGGCCUGACGGUUGA